AUGACACUUCGGUAUCUGAGGUUGGGAUCUUGUUCUGACACCACUCAGCAGUGGGCUGAUUUCUCCUCGGCCCUGAAAAUCAACCAGUCCCUGAAAUGCCUGGAUCUCACAGCCAGUGAGUUUCCGGAUGAGGGUGUCAAGUUGCUGUGUUCGACUCUGAGACACCCAGUGUGUUUCCUGCAGAAAUUGUCAUUGGAAAACUGUCACCUAACAGAAGCCUGUUGUAAGGAGCUGUCUUCUGCUUUGAUUGUCAACCAGAGGCUGACCCACCUGUGCUUGGCCAAAAACAACCUUGGCGUUGGCAGGGUGAAAAUUCUGUGUGAGGGCUUGAGUUACCCCGAAUGUCAACUACAGACCUUCGUGUUGUGUCCCUGCAACAUAAACAGACAUGGCUGUAAAUACAUCUCAAAGCUUCUCCAAGAAGACUCCAGCCUAACAAACUUGGACCUGGGUUUCAACCCCAUAGCCACUGGAUUGUGUUUUCUCUCUGAAGCUUUGAAGAAACCAAAUUGUAGCCUGAAAUUUGUAGGGCUCUGGGGCUGUUCCAUCACCCCUUUCAGUUGCCAGGAUCUCGCCUCUGCUCUUAUUAGCAACCAGAGCCUGGAAACUCUGGACCUGGGCCAGAACAUCUUGGGGCAGAGUGGAAUAAUGGUGCUCCUAGAGGCUUUAAAACAGAAGAAUGGCCCCUUAAAGACACUCAGGUUGAAGACAGACAAAUCUACCAAGGAAAUCCAGAAGCUGUUGAAGGACGUGAAAGAAAGCAAUCCACAAAUGAUGACUGAAUGCAUUAAUGCCAGAACAACGAGGUCCUCGUGUUGUGACUUCCUUACCUGA